AUGUUUGCUUCGAAACGAUUAGUAUCACCACCUAAUCCAUCUAGUCUACAUUUACCUACUGUUUCAAAAACGAAUCGACGACGUUCUCAACAUUCUUCUUCUCUAUCAUUUACUACAAUGCCAUCCACAACAGUAUCAACGAAUGUAUCGGAAAAUGUUUCAGCGUUAAAAGCUAAAUAUAUUGAUUAUGCAAUGUGGCUAAAAGCAUCAUCAAAACAAAAUCGUGAUCCAAUGUUUACACAUGAAUUAUUAAAACAUUCUUUAUGUCAAAUGGGUAUUGAUUCAACACAAGCUGAACAACUUGUAUCAACAUGUAGUUGGUAUGUAUAUCAAUUUCAAAAAGAACUCGAAGUUGAUAAUGAACAACGUGAUCCAUCAAUAAUAACAGAAACUAAAAUAUCUCAUCGAUCAUCAAGACGACGACAUAAAAAAACUCGCACAACUACAUCGAAAAAAACUUCUCUCCCAAGAGAACAUUCAUCAGAAUCAGCAACAACAGUAACUUCCAUAAACAAAGAAAGUAUUGUUUCACCUGCAUCAUCUCCAUCAACAAGAAAUAAAUUUUCUGUUUUACCGGCUAUUCAAAGUUCUGAACGUGAAACAUCACCACGUUUUCGUCGUGUUGAUUUUAAUAAUGAAAAAUCAAAUUCACAAUCCAUAGGAAAAGAAAAAUCUUCACAUUGGCGAUCAGCUAUAUUAAAAGCACGAAUUUUACCUAAAAUUCGACCAUUAGAUACUGAAUCAUCUAUUGAUAAUCGCCAUGAUAUUACACCUGAACCUACAUCAAUUGAUCUUGAUUUAUCAAGUUCACAAAAAACUCUUCAUCAACAUAGUUUAGCUGGUAGUCAUCAUACUCGAUCAAUACUACGUAAACAAAUUAGUUCAUGUUCAUCUGUCGUAUCAACAGAAGUUGAUAGUCGAAGAUAUCGUAGUAGAAUAUUAACACCAACAUCAACAGUUAUUGAUGAAAUACCAUUAGGAACAAGGUCACAACGUUUAUUUGGUGGUAGUGAAUGUUUUGCUCAAAUUAUGAAUGAACUUGAACAACAAAAAUUACAUUAA